AUGGAAGAUAGUCAAAAUAGCCCAGCCAAAGGUUGCAGAGUAUAUGUAGGAAAUUUGCCUUGGAAAGUAACAUGGCCUACCCUAAAGGCACACAUGAAAAAAGCGGGUGAAGUUGUUCGUGUUGAUAUUUUUGAAGAUGUACAAGGAAGGUCAAAGGGAUGUGGUAUUGUUGAAUAUUCAACUUGCGAAGAAGCCCAAGAGGCAAUCAACAGUUUGAACGAUUCAAAAUUAGAAGAUCGACUUAUAUUUGUUAGAGAAGACAGAGAAGAAAAUUCGGGAAGCUUUGAAAAACGACGAUUUAGCAAUGUACGCAAAGAUAAAUUUUAUGAUUCAAGAAGAAGAAGAGAUUUUGAUUAUCGACGAGAUUUCAGAAGAGAUGACUAUCGAAGAGACUUUCGAAGAGACAAUAGGAAAGAUGACUAUAGAAAAGGUGGUGAUUUCAGGAGAGGUGGUAGAAGAAAUUGUACAUUAGUUGUUUAUAACUUACCACCACAAACUACAUGGAAAGAAUUAAAAGAUUUAUUUAAAAAACAUGGUAGAGUAGUUAGAGCUGAUUUAAAAAACGAAGAAAAUUCAUCAAAGGAAAUUACUGGAACCGUAAUUAUGGAAAGUGAUUAUGAUGCUAAAAAUGCAAUUGAUGCUCUUAACUUUUGUAACUAUGAUGGCUAUAUAUUAAAAGUUAAUUAUGAGCAUAACGAAUAG